UGCCGAGAAUGAGAGUAAGGAAAUAACUCUCUCGCAUAUGAAUUUUUCUUGCUUUCUGGGUCAGAAAAUGACAAAAUAAACUUAUGUUUCACAUAUAUUCCUUCUUACUCCACUCCUCUGCCUCAUUAAGACUUGGACUGCCUGUCCUUCUCUCAAAGAAGAAUACCCAGGAGGGAAUGGCUGAGAGCUCUCCGGCUGCCAGACAUCAGGAAACUUUGACGUUUGAGGAUGUGGCUGUGAUUUUCACAGAUGAAGAGUGGCGGCAUAUGCUCCCCAUUCAGAGGGGUCUGUACAAGGAGGUGAUGCUGGAGAAUUAUAAGAGUUUUGUCUCAUUGGGACUUCCAGUUCCUCGACCUGAUAUGAUUUUUCAUUUGAAAAUCUGUGAUGAGCCUUGGGUGGUUGAUCUUCAUGGAUCAGCAGAAGAAUGUCCAGCAGAUUUCUCUCUAGACGGGGAGGCGAAGCCUGGCAUUCAAGGCGCUCCAGAAGCAGCAAAACCGGGCGGAGCGUUGAGGGUCUGGCUUGGAAAGAGCGGUCCUCUGGGUUCCAGAUGCAAAGUUCCUGCUCCCGAGAGGGUGCUGGGCACCGAGAAGCAAAGGCCUGCGGCGUCGCCUCCUCGCAGGAGCCCCCUUUCCCAGGACGGGGGUCAGCGGCCGGGGCCGACCCCUCCCAGGAAAACGCUCCCGAAAGAGCGAGCGCAGGAAUGCCCGGACUGUGGGAAGCGCUUCCGCGACCCCUCGUCGCUGCUCCGCCACCGGCGCACCCACAGCGGCGUGAAGCCCUACGGCUGCCAGGAGUGCGGCAAGGCCUUCAGCCACCGCAGCAGCCUGAGCCGGCACCUGGUGUCGCACACGGGCGCCAGCCCCUACGAGUGCGGCGCGUGCGGCAAGGCCUUCUUCGACCGCUCCUCGCUCACGGUGCACCAGCGCAUCCACACGGGCGAGAAGCCCUUCGCGUGCGGCGAGUGCGGCAAGGCCUUCUUCGACCGCUCGUCGCUCACGCGGCACCGGCGCAUCCACACGGGCGAGAGCCCCUACGGCUGCGGCCAGUGCGGCAAGGCCUUCAGCCAGAAGAGCAUCCUGACGCGCCACCAGCUGGUGCACACGGGCCGCAAGCCCUUCGCGUGCGCCGAGUGCGGCAAGGCCUUCUACGGCGUCUCCUCGCUCAACCGGCACCAGCGCGCGCACGCGGGCGAGCCGCGCCACCGCUGCGCCGAGUGCGGCAAGGCCUUCUUCGACCGCUCCUACCUGACGCAGCACCAGAAGAUCCACACCGGGGACAAGCCCUACGCGUGCGGCGAGUGCGGCAAGGCCUUCAGCCAGCGCUGCCGCCUGACGCGCCACCAGCGGGUGCACACCGGCGAGAAGCCCUUCGAGUGCAGCGUCUGCGGCAAGGUCUUCAGCUCCAAGUCGUCCGUGAUCCAGCACCAGCGACGCUAUGCCAAGCAGGGGAUAGACUGAGCCCGGUG